AUGCGACGCAUGAAGCAGCAGCAGGAGGUUAAGAAGGCACGAGAGGCCUUACUCGAGAAGGUGGCCGCGCGCAGCUUCACCAAGAACUACCUGUCCAGUUUGAAGACCGAUGUGUUCGACGACCUCGAGGACGAGGGUCACUUCUACGACCCGCUCUCGAAGGAGGUCAAGGAGGUGUUUUUGCCGUGGCUGAUGGGUGACAUGGUGCGGAAGGUCGACAAGGCGGUGGAGAGUAUGGCAGUCGUUGACGGGCUCUUAUCUGGGGCUACUGCGCAUGCUAGCAGGAUCCACAGAGAGGCGGUGGAAGCGAAGCAAGCGGAGAGGACCAGGAUAGUGGCCGAAGCGUUGGCGGAGGCGGAGGAGGCCCGACGGAAGGUGGAGGAAGAAGAGGCUGCGAUUAGAGCCGCCCAGGAAGCCUUGGAGAGGGAGGAGGCAGGGGAGGGCGAGGAUGGGGAAGGCGGCGACCCUACCCCCGACGAGUAAAAUGCUUUGGUGGAGUGUUGUACAUAUUGCGCUCAGGUUGACAAGAUGGGAGGCAGAGGCAGGGGAGUUUUAUGCGGUUGUCAACGCUACCUCCAGACGUCUUCGUGUUCACAAUACAAAACUCGUGGCGUCGCCUAGAAUUUGCGUUUCGAGGUAUUGCGGCUCUAGCGAUUACUCUUUUCAUUGAGUAAAGCUGCGCACGCACAUGAACUGAGUUCAUUCAAGGUUGCACAAUUGGGCGGUAGCAAGAUGAUAAGACUUGGCGGAGACAUUACUUGCAUGGAAAUUACUUGCAUGGAAUUCGCGGAAGUGUAGGCACGGCUCCCCCGGGCCGUCAGGGGUAUAUCGUGGCCAAACAGCUCCAUUCGACCUACAUACUG